GCAAAAUUUUCUCCAUGUCUCCAUCAAGUCUAAUCCCAGUCACGAGUCAUCAUACGCCCACGCAGCCACCUUGCAAUGCUAAUAUUCCCUCUGUCUCUCUCUUCCUAUAAAUACGGAUCUUCCUUUUCCCCUUAGAUUCUCAGAAUCCCUCUCUCUCCUCCCUCUCGCUCUGAUCAUCCUAACACAACUUCCGAAUCAGUUAAAUAAUAAACAAAUAUUAUAUUUUUUCUGCUUUCACAUUUUAUUUAGCGCGAAAAAAUAGGAGGCAGCGAUGAAAAUAGAGAGCGGGGAGCAGGAGGUCUCCACGGCGUCGCCGGUGGCGAAGGCUCCGGAGAUCGGAGACGAGAAUGAGAGGUGCGGAGAGGCGUUCGUGCCGCCUCUGAACUUCGCGAUGGUCGACAAUGGCGUGUUUAGGUCCGGCUUCCCUCAUUCCCCCAAUUUCAGCUUCUUGAAAUCCCUCGGCCUCCGUUCCGUCAUAUAUUUGUGCCCGGAGCCGUAUCCGGAGGAGAACAAAGAGUUUAUGAGAGCAAAUGGGAUUAGGCUUUUCCAGUUUGGGAUCGAUGGCUCUCAGGAACCUUACGUGAAAAUCCCGGAGCACACAAUUCGUGAAGCAUUAAGAGUUGUCCUUGAUGUAAGAAACCACCCACUCCUGAUCCAUUGCAAGCGAGGGAAGCACCGGACGGGCUGUCUUGUGGGAUGCUUAAGAAGAUUGCAAAGAUGGUGCCUGACCUCAAUCUUUGAUGAGUACCAGAGGUUUGCAGCUGCAAAAUCUCGAGUUUCGGAUCAGAGGUUCAUCGAAGCGUUUGAUAUUUCAAGCUUCAUGAACUGUCCAAUGUCGUUUUCGUGUUCAAAGAGAUAGCAGAAUCAUUAUGCAGAGUGCAGAGUCAUUCACUCCUCCCUGGAGAAGAAGAAGAUCAUUGAGAGCGAGAGAGAGAGAGAGCAAAUACUCCAAGUCCCUGUCAUCCUUUGGGUGUUUUUGUACAUAAAUAUUAAAUACAAAAUUUAAAUUUUGAAUUUUCUAUACGUGUUUAUACACUUAUCAAACAAUCCAUUUUUUCACAUUUUAAUGAUAUGCAGAUCCAUUUUUAUGUAACGGAGCUUGUAACUUAGUUGUUUAAAAGUAUUUCUCGUA